GGAAUUACACCAGGAGAACUCAUGGAGAGAUACAGAAUUAAUAAGUGGGAUACCAUAAAAAGAGGAUGCAAGUAUUAGYGGCAGGUGGUUAUUAGUGUGCCAGAAAUUUCUAAUUCAACUACCACACUGCUAUUAUUUUUUAGUUAAGACCCCUUACAAAUAUCUAGAUCUUUCAGGCUGACUUCUAAUAGUAGCACUACAAGAAUUUAAUAGCAAAAACCUAGAGAGCAAAUAUUUGCCUUUCCGGCUUUCAUGGAUUUAACUCAAUUGGCCUUCAACUGGUCACGCCACAACCUGCYGCCCACAGCCUCUGAUGGAAGGAGUCUGCAUUUAGUAACAUAAAUACUGGCUGCUUUAUCUCAUACCCAUGUCAAGGUGAGCCUGUCAUAUAAAGAGACCCAUUUCCCUUAGCACCAGUCUCUGUAUCAAGUCCUGCGAGAAUGAAGUUCCUGGCCCUGCUUUUCCUGCUGUCAGUGGGUGCAGCCAGCACCGAGGUCUCGCCCCGGGCCGUGUGGCUGUUCCGCAGCAUGAUCAAGUGCACCCUGCCGAGCAGCCACCCGCUGCUGGACUUUGCUGACUACGGCUGCUACUGCGGCUUGGGGGGCAGCGGCACUCCGGUGGACGAGCUUGACAGGUGCUGCCAAAUACAUGAUAACUGCUACACAGAGGCAAAGAAGAUMGAAUCCUGCCGAUUCUUCCUGGACAACCCCUACACUAAACUGUACCGUUACAGCUGCUCUGAUGGGCAGAUCACAUGUAGCAGCAAGAACAAGGAGUGCGCCAUGUUCAUCUGCAACUGCGACCGCGCCGCUGCCAUGUGCUUCGCCAAGGCGCCCUACAACCCCAAGCACAAGGAGCUGGACACAGAUAAAUACUGCAAAUAAUCGCACUCGUGCCUCAAGGCGGCCGCAGGACC